UGACAAAGGUUGUAGUAGGCGCUUUUAAUAAAAAAAAAGUCAUUCACUUGAACUGAAGAAUAUGUGUGUGUAUUAUUACCUCACUAGAUCAUACAUCGUAUCUGGACUAUGCUUGUCUCUUUGAAAGAAUUUGAUAGCUUCUUUACAAUAUCCUAUUGCCUUAGUUAAAAAUUUUCUGGUAUCUUGUUCUUGAACAUGAGCAGGUAGUCCUGGAUCUAUUUCGUCUACUUGAGCGAUCAAGAGAUCAGAUAUUUCAAGUGCAAUUGUCGCAGCCUUUCUUUUAUUGCCCAACUCAAGUUCAGUAUCAUAUCGACUUUGUUGUUCCUUUAGUUCCUGUGCAAAGGGUGAUUGACGAAUAAAGCCAAUGGCAUAAGUUACUUUCUUUCCCAUUUGCAAUAAAAAAAAAGGUCUGAGAAAAAAAGGGGGUAGAGGGUGUUUUCACUCAUUAUAAAAUGGAUGAGUAUGGCUUCGAAACUAGACUAAGACAUUUGGAAUAUGUCUUGCUUGGCCAACAACAACAACAACAAAUAAAGAAACCAGAUGAUGCUAUUGUACAGCGAUUAGGGAAGCUAAAUAGAAAACUUCAAUCUAUUUAUCAAAAACAUAAACCCAUUGAAUACUUUAUGGAGACAUAUGAUACCCAUUCUAAAUUACUGAACCCAAAUACCUCGACAUAUUCAAUGGAAAGAGAAUUACUAUCGACUGAUGUCAAAUUAGAAUUAUUACUUGCUGCUCAAGAUGACCUAAAGAAGUUUGCGCAAGAAGUAAAGCAAGUCAAGUCAUUAGAACACGUCGUCAAUGGAGCCGACUUUGAUGUUGUUGACGAACUCAAGCCUAAAUUAUCUGAAUUGGAUAUAGUUCAUGUUGAUCAAACCAGACAAUUGAACAAACUGACAAAAGAAAUAUCAGAGUUAAUGGAAAGAUAUAACAAGACUGUCAAUACGGUAUCUGAAAUAUUCAUUGCAUGGGACAACAUAUUGACAAGUAUCGAGACUCAUGUCGCUAAUAUGGAACAUCAAAAGCAGAAUUAAAAAAUUUAAUAAAUACCAUUUCUUUCUUUUUCUUUUUAUUUUUGUGUAUAUAAUGGAAGACCUUUAUUCUGACAACGACCCUCAUUACCGAGAAACACGCGUUCCUUCAGGGAUCCCGCCUCCCUCUUUACGCGAUCUUAAACGAUCAGAAGAUUUGUCAAGAUAUAAUCCUGCAUUACUACGUCCAAUGAAGUCUCGGGAUAAUAAUAAUAAUAGCAGUAGCCGUUAUCAACCUUACUCACAGGAAGAAGACAUUCGUCGAAACCAAAGACAGCAACAGCAGCAACAGCAACAACAGCAGCAACAACAGCA